AUGAGAAAAGUUCGAGAAGUUCGACAACAAUUAAAAGAUAUUAUGGAUUCACAAAAAUUAGAUGUUAAAUCAUGUGGAAAUUGGGAUAUUGUACGAAAAUGUAUAUGUGCUGCUUAUUUUCAUCAAGCAGCUCGACUUAAAGGUAUCGGUGAAUAUGUUAAUUUACGUACAGGUAUGCCAUGUCAUUUACAUCCGACUAGUGCAUUAUUUGGUUGUGGAUUUACACCUGAUUAUAUUGUUUAUCAUGAACUUAUUAUGACAACAAAGGAAUAUAUGCAAUGUGUCACAUGUGUUGAUGGCCAUUGGCUUGCUGAACUUGGACCUAUGUUUUUUAGUCUUAAAGAUUCAUUUAAAACUCGUAAUGAACGUGCACGAAAAGAAAAAUCAGAAACAUCAACAAUGGAAGAAGAAAUGCGUGUUUCACAAGAAAAAUUUAAUCGAAUGAAAGAAGAAGCAAAUGCGGCUGGUCAAACACCUUCUAUACGAAAUAAAAUUAUUACACCGUUUAAUCGUAUACAAACAACACCUACACCAAAAAGAACAACACCAUUUCGUAGUGGAAUUUAA